UGGGCAAAAUGUUGCAAGCACAUAUCAAACUCUGGAGUUGGGGAUUUUAGUAAACCGCUACUUGAUUAAUGAACCGCUACUUGAAGUAGCGGUUUACACAAAAUAUAUAUUUUUUUUUUGUAAACCGCUACUUCAAGUAGCGGUUUUACUUAAGUUGAAAAAAAAAUAAUUCUUGCGUGCCGUCCUACGUGGACGGUACAGGGAUUUUUUUUUUGGGGGCAUAUUUUGGGAAUUAAAACCCACUUUUGCAUUAUUCAAGGAAAAAAUUUUUUUUUUUUUUUUGAGGGGGAAAAAAUUCCUUUUUAAUGGUAUGACAUCCUCAUAAAUUCUAAUUUAUAUACUUACACGAGACCAAAGAUUAAUUUAUGACAAAGAUAAGAGAAUAAAUUGUUAAAUGUGUUGUAGUAGUUCACUCCUUAACCCCAAAAAUAAAAGAAAUCAACCACCUAUUUUGGCAUGAUAUUUGGUUGGGCCACCCCCUGAAGAUAAGCUUUCCUCGCUUAUUUUCUAUUGCACCCCUCCCCUUUGCAAACAUUGCUUCGUUGGGCUUUUGGUGCGGCCCAGUUUGGAAUUGGAAUUUUGCAUGGAGUAGGCCUUUUAGGCCAAGGGACGUUGAUGAAUGGGGAAAUCUGCAAGCCCUUUUAAAGGAGGUAUGCCUAUCAUCCUCAAGUGAAGACUCGCUAGUGUGGACCCCCAGCAAAAUUGGUGCGUUUUCAAUCAAAUCAAUCUCCCUAGAAUUAUCAAAGCCUCUGAUUCAGAAGCAACUAGCAAUUGUGGAUGAAGGGUUGGGAAAUCUCUUUCCCUUACUCAAUUGAAGUACUCCAGCAACUAGUGUGUCUAUCUUGGCACUCAACUCCUGCUACGGUAGUUUCCAAGCUCGUGAAUAUUCCCAAGCAAUUGUGGUCCCCUCCUAGUCCGGGGCUUAUUAAAUGGAAUGACGAUGCCUCUGUUAAUGCUGGAAGAUCGAAAUCUGCAAUUGGGGGGGUGCUGCGCAACAGUCAAGGUCUGUUUAUGUGCUUAUUCUCAUCACCCAUCCCCCCUAUGGAGAUCAACUCGGCUGAAAUUUUGGCCAUAUUCCGGGUAGCGCAGAUUUCUAUGGCAUUCGAGCACUUGAGGCAGCAGCAUAUAAUCAUUGAAUAUGAUUCAUCCAACGCUGUCAAGUGGUGUAAUGACAAAGAAGGUGGGCCCUGGAACCUAAACUUUCAGUUAAACUAUAUUAGAAAUGCGUGGAAGGAGUGGAUGAAUUUAUCUAUAGUGCAUAAGGGGAGAAGUUCCAAUGUUGUAGCUGAUGCUCUUGCAAAACAAGGUACUCAACAGAUUAUGGAAUGUUCCAUUUCUGUAUAGCAGAUACAUAGCAUGACUGGAGGGCAGGUAGUGAGCAUGAGCAAUACAAGUUCCUUGAAAAAUGUCUUGCAUCAGCAAAUAGACACAAGCAACCUUGGUUGAUCUUUGCUGGUCAUCGACCUCUCGGAUAUUCGUCUAAUAAAUGGUUUGGAGAGGAGGGGUCAUUUGAAGAGCCAAUGGUAGGGCGUAAAUUAAGUUUUGGUGCAUGGGAUUCCAGAAAAUCUGAUGUCCUUAUAACAUUUAAGGAAUAUGUUCAUAUGGAUAUAUUAAUUUACCUUAAUUUUAAUUGCAUUGUUAUUUAUUUGUACUAUAUCUUGAAUUUAUGAACAAAAAUAUUAGAAAUGAAACUUUUAUCUAUAUGUAAAUGAUUGUCCAUCAAUUUAGGAUGAAAAAAGCCAAUUUUUUUUUUUUUUAAA